CGCCGGACUGCUGCCUCUCGCGCUCGCGGGGACUGCCACGCUCAGCGCGGUCCCCAGCCCCGCGCCUGCCGCGCCCGCACCCGAGUCGCAGAGCUGCCCAUGGCUGACCUGAGCUUCAUUGAGGAUGCAGUCGCCUUCCCCGAGAAGGAGGAAGACGAGGAAGAGGAGGAGGAGGAGGGCGUGGAGUGGGGUUACGAGGAAGGUGUUGAGUGGGGCUUAGUGUUUCCUGAUGCUAAUGGGGAGUACCAGUCACCUAUCAACCUAAACUCCAGAGAAGCCAGGUAUGACCCCUCACUGCUGGAUGUCCGCCUGUCUCCAAAUUAUGUGGUGUGCCGGGACUGUGAAGUCACCAACGAUGGACACACCAUUCAAGUCAUCCUGAAGUCGAAAUCAGUCUUGUCAGGAGGACCACUGCCUCAGGGACAGGAGUUUGAGCUGUAUGAAGUUAGAUUUCACUGGGGAAGAGAAAACCAACGUGGUUCUGAGCACACGGUCAAUUUCAAAGCCUUUCCCAUGGAGCUCCAUCUGAUCCACUGGAAUUCCACACUGUUCGGCAGCAUCGAUGAGGCGGUUGGGAAGCCACAUGGUAUCGCCAUCAUUGCACUAUUUGUUCAGAUAGGGAAGGAACAUGUUGGCUUGAAGGCUGUGACUGAGAUACUCCAGGAUAUUCAAUAUAAGGGAAAAUCCAAAACAAUACCAUGCUUUAAUCCUAACACUUUAUUACCAGACCCUCUUCUGCGGGAUUACUGGGUCUAUGAAGGAUCUCUCACUAUCCCACCGUGCAGCGAAGGAGUCACCUGGAUAUUAUUCCGAUACCCUUUAACUAUAUCCCAGAUGCAGAUAGAAGAAUUUCGAAGGCUGAGGACACAUGUCAAGGGGGCAGAACUUGUGGAGGGCUGCGAUGGGAUUUUGGGAGACAAUUUCCGACCUACUCAGCCCCUGAGUGAUAGAGUCAUCCGAGCGGCAUUUCAGUAGCCGGAGAGCCCGGGAACAAGCCCAUCUGCAUCAGUGAAGAAGACAGUGGUCCCACGGAGUCCUUUGAUGAGGAGUGGCAGCUUUGGUUUAACCCUCAAGCCUGCAUUAUCUUCAGUUACUGCAGUGUUGAUGGAUAUCUGUGACCAUUGUCUAUAUACAUGCUGUUAUGAAAUAUUAGAAGUGGCUGUUCAUUGUAAAGAAACACAGUGUGUGUUUCUGGAAUUCAUACUUUUGCACAUACUGCUUGCUGCUUAUGUGUAGAAAGAAUGAAAGUAGUUUUCAGGCGUACUAAUAUGACUGUAUUACAUAUCAAUAUGUAUUAUAUAUCAAUAUGAGAUACGAAAAGCACAUUCCCAGAGCCAAGUCAUUUAUUCCCUGUCUGUAUUAGAAAAGCAAGAUGUUUGAUCUACAUCAGCUUAGAACAUCAAGAUACAAUAUGAAGGAGUCAUAAAAAUUAUCUUGUGGUUUUUUUUGCAAUAAUUGCACCAAAUUUAAUGUCAAACUGGUUUGUCAUGGAAAAAAUUUUGAAGUUAAUGCAAAGAUACUUUAUAUAUUAUUUUUUAAAAAGAAUUUAAUUGAAUCUAAUAUAAUUAUGGCAUAUCUGAAUGUAUGGCUUCUAAGGAGUUAAGAAUAGCAUAAAAAUAGAUAGGAAGAAAGAUGGGGACAGCAUACCAGUAAUAGCUUUGUUUCCAUAAUAGAAAUAUAAAUCCACUAGUAUACUAUGUUAAUUUAGUAUUGUACACUUUUUAAGUCUUCAAAAUAUGUUAUAGACGGCACAUCUGUAGUGGGGUAAGAGAAGGGUCAGCCAUACCCUUCUUUUCAAUUAAGCUCAUCUUCAGUCAUAUCUCAGUUCAAUGUGACAGAAUGGUGUAAAAUGGUAGAGAUAAUGGAAGAAAUCAACUACUUCCCAAAUAAAUUUUAUUGACUGUUUUAA